GUUUACCCCCAAAAACGAGAUUUCCCAUCCCAGCGCGCCUCGUUCGCUUGCCUCCAGUACCAUUUUCAUCUUUCCUCUCCUCUGGCUUGCUCUUGCUUUCCAAGGAAACCUUUCGCUUCGUCAUAACCUUCAAACUUCAACCACCGACUGUCGUUUCCCCUUCGUCGUUCGUUUCUGGAGGUGUACCUCAACCCCAUUCUAUCCGCAUUUACUCUUCAUCGACACCAUGGGCAGAACAGCUCCUCUCGUGUCGCUGUUGGCGGCCUCUUCCAUUCUAUUCAAUGGCGUGUCCGCAACCCUCCCUACAAUUGCUAUCAAGGGAUCCAAGUUCUUCUACUCUAACAAUGGCACUCAAUUCUUCAUCAAAGGCGUAGCAUAUCAGUCCGGUAUCGCCAGCGCCGGUGGCGGAAGUACCUCUGGUGAUAAUAGCACCGGGUACAAUGAUCCUCUGGCCGAUUCUACUUCGUGUGCACGCGAUAUCCCUUACCUUCAAAAGCUCGGUGCGAACACAAUCCGUACAUAUGCCAUCGAUCCCACCCAAGACCAUUCCGCCUGCAUGGCUGCGCUCGAUGCGGCCGGUAUCUACGUGAUCAGUGAUCUUGGACAACCAGAUCUUUCGAUCAAUCGUGAGGAUCCACAAUGGGACACCGAGCUCUACAACCGUUAUACUGCCGUCGUUGACUCUCUAUCGUCGUACAGCAAUGUUAUCGGAUUCUUUGCCGGAAACGAAGUCACAAACAACCUUUCUUACACCGGAGCUUCGGCUUUCGUGAAGGCUGCGGUUCGCGACACCAAGGCAUACAUUGCAGCGAAGAAGUAUCAUGCUAUGGGUGUUGGUUAUGCUGCAGAUGACGAUGCUUCUGUUCGUGCCAACGUAGCCGCAUAUUUCAACUGUGGACCUACCGAGGAUCAGAUCGAUUUCUGGGGAUACAACAUUUAUGAGUGGUGUGGCGAUUCGAACUACGAGCUUUCCGGAUAUGCGGAGAGAACUGCUGAGUUUGCCAACUACUCCGUUCCAGCAUUCUUUGCCGAAUAUGGCUGCAACACACAGGGUGGUGGAGCUGCUGGACGUGAAUUCACCGAAGUCGCAGCGCUCUAUGGCGCCAACAUGAGCUCUGUCUUCUCUGGUGGUUUCGUCUAUGAAUACUUUGAGGAGGAGAAUGAUUAUGGUUUGGUUUCAGUCAGCGGAAAUUCCGUCAGCACUCUUGCAGAUUUCAAUGCCUGGUCUACUCAGAUCCAUGCUGUCUCGCCGACUGCUGUCCAAUCCGCGAGCUACACCCCAACCAAUACUGCUGGCCAAGCCUGCCCAACAGUCGAUGCCAAUUGGCAAGCCGCAACUGUCCUUCCUCCCACUCCAAAUCAGGCCGUCUGUAGCUGCAUGAUGGCAUCACUCACUUGCACGGUUGCAUCAUCUGUCAACACGAGCGACAUCGGUAAUCUAUUCAACCAAGUUUGCGGUUACAACGGAGGUAAGCCUUGUGCUGGAAUUGUCCGCAACACAACAACCGGUACCUAUGGCGCAUACUCCAUGUGCAAUUCCACCGAGCAACUUGCAAACGCAUUCAACGCCUAUUACCUCCAGGAGAACAGUGCAAGCACAGCCUGUGACUUUGCUGGAGCCGCUCAAGUCGUCAAGGCCGCAGGAGCUGCAAGCAGUUGCUCAUCUCUCAUUGCUUCAGCUACUGCCAGCAACGCGGGUGGAGCCACAGGAACAGGCGCCGCUUCAUCAACAAGCAAGAAGAGCGAUGCUAGUGGAAUGAUCGUUGGUGCAAGCUUUGGUGCUUACAAGUAUUUCAUCGGGUUCACCAUGUUGGCUGUUGCGUCGGGGGCGGGGAUGAUUCUUUUAUAAUUGACGAAUAAUGGGAGGAGUGCUUUGGAUGGAUGGGGUCAAUACAUUAAGUUUCCUGCACAUAAUUGAGAACGAUGAGAAGAAGAAGCAAAACGGUGUAUGAUAAUGCCUUGUUUCUAUUGCGUUGGGUUGGGCAUGAAUCUUUCCAUAGUGAACAGCAGUGGUUUUUCAUCAUCCUUUU